GUGCGUCCGCACCCGCGCAAAUAAUCCCCUCCGCCCCUCCCCCCGGUCCAUCAGCUCCGCUCUCGUCCGGAGAGCGCCUCGCUCCGCUAGCUGAUUGGCUCAUUGAGCAGCGAACGAGCUCCGUUGGCGAUCGCUUUGGUUGCGACUGUGGCUGCGCGUGACGCGGCUCCCGCUCCAGCGCGGCGUAUCCCUCCGCGGGCGGUGGGGUUACCGCGCGUGCGCAGUCGAAUCCGCGCUCCACGUGGUCAGGACGGGAUCAGCUGAGAGUCAUGGCAGCUCAGGCGUUCAAGCGAUUCCUGCCCAUGUUUGACCGGGUCCUGGUGGAGCGCUUGGCCGCGGAGACCAAGACCAAGGGGGGCAUCAUGAUCCCGGAUAAGGCCCAGAACAAGGUGGUGCAGGCCACCGUGGUGGCGGUGGGACCCGGCGCCAUGACGGAAAAGGGGCACGUGAAGCCCUUGAGCGUGAAGGUCGGGGAGACGGUCCUGCUGCCCGAGUACGGCGGCACCAAGGUCACGCUGGAAGACAAGGAAUACUUCUUGUUCCGAGACGGUGACAUUCUUGGAAAGUACCAGGAGUAGGCCGGCAGGCAGGCGGGCGGGGGUGGCGGGGCUGGGGAACAAAGCGAGAGCUGGAAGGACGAGGGGGUUGUGCAGCCCACACGCUCCGUUUAUUCCGCGCGAAAACUUGUCUCACGAUUCCGUCUGUGUGCUGACAGAGGGGGGAGGGUAGCGGGAGGGUAGAGGGGGGUGGAUGGAAUGGGGGCGGUGAGGAGGGAGGGUGUGUGGCAGUGCCGCUGGAUACUCCGUGACCUUGAGUGCCGCGUGCUGCUCUGGAACGUUCCGCACGCCGGGGACCAGGAGGGGGCGCCAGCAACACGCUGACUGUGCUUUUCCAGAAAAUAAUAAAAUGUGAAAAAAGUGCAACCUUUGCCUGAACAUGUAGUGUUUUUUUUUACCCUUGUCUUGUUCAAUUAACACGUGGUCAUUGGUUCAUAGCCAUGCAUUACAUCAAGAUAAUUAUUCUGAUUUCAGACCACGUACAAUGUUUGGAAACCCGAACUAGUUACGUGGAAUUUCCACCGCUGGCUCAGGGCUGUUCAAGGAGACAAGUUUGAGGCCCAGCGCUCGUUUGAGCAGGGGAAGAUUAAGAGGGGGCUUUACGUUUGCCCAGACAAUGCAGCCUUUGUGUAAUGGGUGCCUUACUCGUGAAUCGGAUUAGUGGUGAGUGGUGGCACUUAUUUAAUGUUAAUACAGCUUGCAUUGGGUGUAACCCAAGCCACACAUCUCUGGAAUCAAUAUGGGUCGAGCAAAGCAUGGCAUUUUAUCAUUUGCCUGUCAUGUUCUUGGCACUUUAGUUGAACCCCCUGCACCUCCGAUUAGCACUGUUGGCUACAUGCGGUGCAAAAAGAAGUUGAACAAAUACUGUACAUGAGACGGAGUGGCGCAUUCCCCUGUGCUCUGGGGGCUCUACAGCAGCUGUGCGCUCCGGGUCACAGCGUGCACGCGUUCACACUGCAGGAGAUGACGGGGGACAACUGGAAGAGUGAAGGGUAUGUGAUGGCUGGAUCUCCCCUUCAAGUAGCAAUUUGUGAAGACGAGGGCUUCUGCUGAAUAUCACGCUUUACCAUUUGGCCAUACACAUGUACAUCUAAAGUCAUUGUAAUGUCUUGUUCAAUAAACUGGUGUUUUGUCUCCAUC